UCAAAAUAACAUGGCGCCUGUUUUAAAGGCCGAUGAUUUUUGUAUCAUACGAUACAGUUCGCAAGAUCCAGUACAUAGAGCGGAGAACAUUCUUUCCAAAGGCAAGAAGUGGCUUUCCAAUAAGGAUGAUGAAUCUGGCAAAAUUGAAGCCGAGAUUCAUUUGGCAAAAUCUAUAAAAUUUGCUUUCAUUAACAUAGGUAAUGCAGGGUCUGCUAUUGUUGAACUUUUAGUCGGUAGUUCCAUGUGGUCAGCUGGUAAAAAUUUUAUAACUCUUUUACCAUCCACAAUGUUAAUGUCGCCCACUGAUAGCAAAGCAGGAAAAAAUAUGGAAGCUGUGAAGAUGUUGGACAGAGGUGUUUUCUGCAAGAAUGUGAUUGAUGAGAAAUGGGAUCGUUUGCGUGUCAUUUGUCGUCAGCCAUACACAAAGAACAAGCAGUUUGGGCUACAAUUUAUAGAUAUCAUUGCAGAUACCAAACCUGCCAAAGAGAGUCCAAAUACAAGAAGACAUCCAACUCAAUCUCUAUCCGCAUUCAAAAACAAACAGCAAGUUCAUUCGUGCCCAUCUGUCUGUGAGCCAUUGAUUGGUAACGCAACUUUACCUGGUCAUUUGUCUUCAGUAUCCGUUCGUUCCGCUGGUCUUGUUAAAGCAGCUCUAAAGGCUCAAGUUGGGAAAUUCCAAACCGAAAAGAAACACGAAAGGCGUAACUAUUAUAAACCUAUCCAAUACUCACCUUACGAAGUUGACGCCAAGCGAGAGCGACGAAAAAUUGUCCCCAGACGAAGUGCUGCUGAUAUUGAAGAAGAGGUUGAGUGUUUUCUAGAAGAUUAUGAUUUCGAGAAACUGCCUUUGGAGACAAUGACGUACAAAAAUAUGGAAAAGAAAAUGGAAGAGCAACGCCAUCGUAGAUUAACAAAAGAAGAAAAAAAGAUGUUUGUGGAGACAGUCAGCAAACACGUGAACAAUAUCUUAGCGACAAGGACAAGACCGGAUCUUAGAAAGGACGAUGAAAUUGUUGCGCGAAAGCCAAACGUCAGUGGUCAAGAAUCACGUGAAAGUAUUCCAGCUUCACCUGUCUUGCCUUAUCAAUCAAGUACAUUAACCUCUGAAGGAAUUAUGAAGUCACCUACGUCAGAUUCACUACACGAAUGCCCUCUUUGCGAAAAUUUUUUUUCGUUCGAAACUAUCGAAUUACAUGCGUCCACGUGCGAGGGUAAAGCAACACCGAAGGAAGAAACGGAAGUUGAGAAAUACGUACGUAGUCCACAUGUUGACUCAAAUAUUGUGGAUAUGAUGGAAGAGUGUAAGUCGUGUCCAGUUUGUCGCCGUAUGUUCCCUAUUUCCAUUAUACAAGUUCACACUAACGCUUGUCUUGACGCAGAAAAAUUGAAUCGUGUUGAAAACAAGCUCAAGUACUGAAUUCCUAAACUUUAUAUUAUUGCUGAGAUUUUCUUGCUUUAGGAUAAUGAAGGUCUUAGGGAGGGG